AUGUCUAUCCGGCGGCUCUCUGAGACGAAGGAAAGCGGCGAGAUCUCUCUCAUGGUGGCUCUCGGAGUGUUUAGGAAAGCGGUGAACGGUGACAUCUCUCUCCUGUUGAUGUUCCAUGCUGUGUUCGGUGUUAGAAAUAUGUCUAGUCGGCUUGCUUCUGUUAUGGACUCUUUUCCAUCAACCGGAACCUCCAAGUUUGUUGAACUACUGAGUCAACAAACUCUUUCCUUUGGUAACUAUGAAGAUAGUGUUGAACUAUCUUCAUCAGAAGUUCCAUUUCGAGGUAGUCUAGGAACCGAAGCUUCAAACUUUGAGGCUGGAGACACUCCUGCUGAGCGAAGAGAACGAAGGAAAUGGACACAAGCGGAUGAUAUUGUUCUGAUCAGCUCGUGGUUGAACACGAGCAAAGAUCCUGUCGUUGGCAACGAGCAAAGAUCAGGCACGUUUUGGAAGAGAAUUGCUGCCUACUUUGCGGCAAGCCCUCAUGUUCCUGGCCGCGAGGUGAGAGAGUCAGGCCACUGCAAGCAGCGUUGGCACAAGAUCAAUGAUCUUGUGUGCAAGUUCUGUGGGGCCUACGAGGCUGCUAGUAGAGAAAAAAGCAGCGGGCAAAAUGAGAAUGAUGUUCUCAGGCAAGCUCAUCAAAUUUUCUUCAACAAUCAGAAGAAGAAAUUCACUUUGGAACACGCAUGGAGGGAGUUGCGCAACGACCAGAAGUGGUGCGACCUUGCUAAAAACGAUGGGAGCUCGAGGAAGAGGAAGGCUGAGGACGGUCCAGAUUCAUCUACAUCUGAAGCAACUGCGAGCAAGCGUCCCCCCGGUGUCAAGGCCCCUUAA